AGCAGGAUUAUGCGUCCUCCGCAGCCAUGGAGACAACGCACCUCUGCGUAUCAUCCUUGUUGCUGAGCAACCGUAUGUUUUCUGGGAAAAGCGUAUCAACGGCCAGACGCGCCGUUGGACUUUUCUGGACUGGUCGAGAACCUUAUAAGCCAUGAUGUAUGGAUCUGCUCUCACUCCCGGGCCUGGUAAGGAAAAAGACAGGCCAACUGACGAGAGGAUCCAAUCUCAGAAACCUGAGCAGAAAGAUGAAGCUGUUAUUGCUGGUGACAGUAGUUUGGCCCUGAGGAACAAUAUGCUGCUCCAGGAAGAGGCUGAUGAUAUAGUGAGACAGACAAUGGACGAGCUGCUAAGCAAUGUAAUGGAAAGGUGUUAUGAAUUAGACAUUAAGAGACAGCUUGUACCCUACACUUUAUGCUGGGCCAAGAACUACCUCAUAAACUCUGUUGAGAGCCAAAUCCAACACUUGGAUGAAGGGGAGAUGCCAGAAGAGUUGUGUGAAACAGAAGACUGUGAGCCUCUGCCAGCUAUUCCAGAUUGCUGUGCCCAAAGAUGUGUGCCAACAAUAUAUGUAGGAACUUAUUUCACCUCCCAGCAGGUCAUCAGUGACAAGGUUCCAGCUCAGACAGAGCCAGGUCUCUUAAAGCAAUCUGAAGCUGUUUUCUCAAGAGACUGUGCUCCUAAGCUGGAGGAAAGUGAAAGAAAACCCAGAAAAGAAGAACUUGACUCCUCUUUUGAUGUGACCGGUACAUGUCCCCCAGCAACUCCUCACCGAAAGAAGACCCCUCAAGUGAAUAAAGGCCCCAAAUAUGCUCAGAGAAAACAACUGACAAAAGCUGUCAGUUCAACAGAGAAAAUUGAUGUAGGGGUGAAAGAUAAAAACAGAAAAAGUGUUGCUUGUAAAGAUGAGACUGCACCAAGAUAUCCCCCAAAAGAGCCUCAACCAAUACCAAAGCUGGAUCCACGGAGUUUGCCUCGACACCGUACUGUUCUGCAAUAUGAGGUUUUAGACGAUGACGUAUCAAAACCCAGACCAAGAAAAACUGGGCCAAAAUCAAACAAGUAGCAAACUGGGAGCUCCCUCAGAAAACCUUGUUUCUAAGAAUUUCUGGGGAAAUCUAGAAUCUCAACUAGAAAGGUUUUUGAAGAAAAACUGAUGACAGCCAUGUUGCCCUUGAUCCGCCACCUCUAGUCAACAAUACACAAUACCAGACUUAAGAUUGAAGGAUGCAUAUGUCUGUAAUGCAUACAAAGCAACACUCUAAUUCAGGAAUGUAGUAAGUUUAUUUCCCAUGACAUUGCAUAUUAUUAUAGUGUUAUGUUGACUGACAAGUCUGUACAUAUAUGCCCUAAGACUAAAUGUUUCACCUUAAAACAUUCAUUUUACUCGUUUCAAGAACUAUAAAGAAUAAAAAACAAAAAAAAACAAAGAUUGCUUCUGCAAAUUAUUGACAGCUUGAAUUCUCACACACUGCCUUAAAAUGACAGAUUUUUGAUCUAUUAAAAAGAUCCUAAGAUCCUGAUAAAUUGUUUCAACACUUUCUAACAAAACUGAAAUGUAGCUAACUGUAUUUUAAACAAUUUAAACCAAACACAUUUUUUGAUGGAUAAAAGGAUAAAUGCCAACUUUCCCUUGAUAGUGGGCUGUCAGGAGCCAAACCAAAAUAUUUUCGAAUCUGCAGAAAUUCCUGACAAGUACUUGUGUUCCAAAAGAAGCUCCUGUAUUAUUUGUAUUUCUGGAUAAGAGGGAUGAGUGUUUUCUUCCAAAGGAAACAUCCAAGCUUGGUAGAACAUGCUUGGUGCUGAUGAAACCACAUAAACAACGCUGCGCCUCAUAGAAAGGACUAUUCAUCUGCUGUCAGACAAGAUGGCGACACAUUAUGGGCUGGGGUUGCUUCUUUUUUUUUUUCAAGGUGAAAGCAAUUAUGAACAAGUCAGUUUUGAUUAAAAGCCAAACCUGUCUUCUGGAAAACUGAAGCUAAUCCAAAUCCACCUGAAUAAAGUGUACAUUUAAACUCUCAAAACUGGAUAAAACUGAAAAUCUGUGAAAUGUCGACUAAAAAAGGUGAUGGAAAUUAUUUAAGAGACUUUUUGGCAAAUAAGAAGCAUUCUAAGACACUUUAACCAAGAAAAGAUUAAAUGCUGUUUUGAAUCAAAA